AUGUCCAUGUUGCCGUGUCGUGUGUUGUGUCUGUUGGCCAUUGUGUUCUGCUGUGUGGGUGUGGCUCAUGCUAAUGCACAAACUUCCUCAAAAAUUGUUACGUUGGCGGAAGAAACUUCUAAGCUGAAAGAGGAGUGCGAGGAGGCCGGCACAGCUGCUAAAAAUGCCGCACGAGAGGCUUCAUCAUUUGUUUCUGUAAUUGAGCAGCAUCUCAAGACUGUCCCUGCAAACCCAAAAGAAGCUGAGGCAAAGAAGCAGAAAGGUAUUGAACUGAUCCAAAAAGCAAGGGCGGCCGCCGAUAAUGCAAAACAACUGGCUGAGAAAACUUAUGCAAAGUCAAAUCAGAGCCUUGUUGAAGCCGAGACAGCUCGUCGAUCAGAAGAGUCUAACAACUCAUUACUGGAAGAGAUUGCGACGGCAAUCAAGGCGGCAGAAGCAGCAAAGAACGCGUCCAGUAAUGCUCACGCCGCUGCGACGGAGGCGUCAACUACUGCUCAACGUCUGCAGGACGCCGUUGACAAACUCGAGGUUCCAGUUUCUGCUGCCAAAGAGAAGGAGAAGGAAGAACAAAUGAAACAGGAGAAUGAGAAACAGGUGGAGUCUCAGGCACAGGAACAGACAAAUGAAACAUCUCUUGUUGAGCAGCAAAGCCAUACAGAAGGAAAUCAGGCGGAGCAAACAGAAGAACAAAAACAGCGCUCUCGUUCUACUGUUACUAUUAAUAUUCACGGAGAUAAUCUUGAUUCCUUGCUCAAUGGUGCGGCGAAUAAGAGUGGUAUGGCAUUAAAUGACGGCAGCAGCAGCCCUGCGUUACUGCGUGUUCCACUCCUGCUGCUGCUGCUCUCUGUGCUGGGCUGCAUGGCC